CUCAACUUCCCCCAUCCAACACCCCCAUCCAUCCACUCCUGCAACAACAGCUUCCCGCCUCGCUCGUUGUCGUUGGCCACUCUUUCACCACAUCAUCCCCUUCAUUCCUAUUCGACUUCUCUUCCUUCUCGUCCUUUGCUAAUCCUCCACGCUUUGAAAGAUGGCUGAAAUCCGCCGCAAGCUCGUCAUCGUGGGCGAUGGUGCCUGCGGUAAGACUUGUCUUUUGAUCGUCUUCUCCAAGGGUACCUUCCCUGAGGUGUACGUCCCUACCGUCUUUGAGAACUACGUCGCCGACGUAGAGGUCGAUGGCAAGCACGUCGAGCUUGCCCUUUGGGAUACGGCUGGUCAGGAAGAUUAUGACCGUCUUCGUCCUCUUUCAUACCCUGACUCCCAUGUCAUCCUGAUCUGUUUCGCGGUUGACUCUCCCGAUUCCCUCGACAACGUCCAGGAGAAGUGGAUCUCUGAGGUCCUCCACUUCUGUCAGGGACUCCCCAUCAUCCUUGUUGGUUGCAAGAUGGAUCUGCGCCACGACCCCAAGACCAUCGAGGAGCUUCACAAGACCUCCCAAAAGCCGGUUACCCCUGAGCAGGGUGAGGAGGUUCGCAAGAAGAUCGGUGCUUACAAGUACCUUGAGUGCUCUGCGCGCACCAACGAGGGUGUCCGCGAGGUCUUCGAGGCUGCCACCCGGGCUGCCCUUCUUACAAAGACCCAUAAGAGUAAGAAGAAGUGCACUAUCCUGUAAACUAGUUUUCUCUCCUUCGCAAAAGGUCUGUUUCAUGCGGAGAUUAUAUGAACGGAUAAGCGUCUGAUCCUUUGGUUUUCUACUAUUUAUCAAGAGGGGGUCAUUCCGUUGGCGUGUUCCACUAUGUGUGCCCGGAUGCGAGUGUGGAUAAUGUUCAAUCACGGGCACA